UGAGUGAAAGUUAACAGUAACAUGUGCUUUAGAUAGGCAGGUAAGGCCAGUAUAACCAGUGUUUAGGUCCAGUUGAAACAGACUGUCAGAGCAAUGUCAGCACUGCUAAGAUCCUGUGCUCACAGUCUCAGACGCGUGGAUGGACUCAAACAUGGCAAGGCUUGGAAAUUAUGCAGCAUAAGUUUGCUCCAGUGGUGUCGGUCCCUCCACGUGGACAGUCUUCCUCAUAAACCCUCUCUGACUACCAGCUAUGUCCACGGCACCUCCACCAUCCCUCUGCUCCCCCUGACUGUAGGCCAGAGCCUGGGCUCCACAGUUCAGCGCUGGCCUGACCGUGAAGCAGUGGUCUUCCUGCAGGAUGGCAUCCGGAAAACCUUUGCACAGUUUCAACAAGACGUUGACAAGGCGGCUGCAGGUCUGCUUGCUUUGGGCCUGAAGAGAGGCGACAGACUGGGAGUUUGGGGACCCAACACAUAUGAAUGGAUCCUUUUCCAGUUUGCUUCAGCCAAAGUUGGAAUUAUACUGGUGUCAUUGAACCCGGCCUAUCAGGUGAAGGAAGUGGAGUUUACUCUAAAGAAGGUCCAGUGUAAAGCUGUGGUCUGCCCAACCCGUUUUAAAACACAAAAUUUCUGUGAUAUGCUGAAGGAGCUCUGCCCAGAGAUCGACACAGCGCCAACAGGCACGAUCAGAAGCUCCAGGUUGCCAGACUUGCGUAUGGUGAUUGUGACAGAUAGCAGACAGCCAGGGAUGCUCAACGUAGAGGAUGUGAUGCAAGCAGGAGAGAGUCGACACCACAAAGAGCUGAUGGAUCUGCAGAGUAAACUGUCCUUCGAUGAGCCCAUCAACAUCCAGUUCACAUCAGGGACUACAGGGAGUCCAAAGGGAGCAUGUCUUUCCCACUACAAUAUUGUAAACAAUGCCUACUUUAUGGGUCUACGAAUGGGUUAUGGAUGGAGACCUCAGGUGCGAGUGUGUGUGCCUGUACCCAUGUACCACUGCUUUGGCUCCGUAGUGGGAGGGAUGAAUAUGGCAGUACAUGGCAUCACACUGGUCUUCCCCUCUACUGGCUACAACAGCCGAGCCAACCUAGAGGCCAUUCAGAGUGAAAAGUGCAAUGUCGUCUAUGGCACUCCCACAAUGUUCACCGACAUGCUCAGCCAAAGUGAUUUACACAAAUAUGAUUUGUCAUCAGUUGAAGCUGGCAUCAUGGCAGGUUCUCCAUGCCCUCCUGAGAUUGUGAGAAGACUGAGAACAGACAUGAACAUGAAAGAAAUAACGUUUUUUUAUGGAACCACUGAGAACAGCCCCGUUACAUUUCUGGGAUUCCCACAAGACAACGAGGACCUGAAGAUAAAUACUGUUGGAUGCAUCAUGAACCACACUGAGGCCAAAGUGGUGGACCCUACUACUGGGGAGAUUGUCCCUCUGGGGGCCUCAGGAGAGCUGAUGAUCAGAGGCAGCUGUGUGAUGCAUGGAUACUGGGACGAUCCGGAGAAGACCAGAGAGGUUAUCUCCCAAGACCGCUGGUACAGGACUGGUGACACGGCCAGUCUGAACAGUCUGGGAUACUGCCGCAUUGAAGGACGCAUAAAGGACAUGAUCAUCAGAGGAGGGGAGAACAUCUACCCUGCUGAAAUAGAGCAGUUCCUCUUUACACAUCCCAAAGUACAGGAGGUGCAGGUGGUUGGAGUGAAAGAUGAGAGGCUGGGUGAGCAGGUGUGUGCCUGCAUCAGGCUGAAGGAGGGCCAGACCUCCAGUGCAGAGGAGAUAAAAGCAUUCUGCAAAGGCCAGAUUUCUUACUUCAAGAUUCCACACUAUGUGAUGUUUGUAGACAGCUACCCUCUGACAGCCUCUGGAAAGAUCAAGAAGAACAUACUAAAGGAGGACAUGGAGAAGAAAUUAUGCUUUUAAAUGUGUGGACCCUAUGGACUGUAUUUGAGUGCAUCAGCUGGAUAAAAGUCAGAAACCGAGCAGUGUUGGAUUAAUUGAGAGCUCAACUGGGACCAUUUAACGUCUCCUGGAUCGCCAUUACUUGAACUUCUUUUACUUUUACCUCAUAUUCACUCCUCAUUAAUUUCUUGUUUUAAUGUUUAUUUAAUAGUAGAGAGCUUACAUCAUCUUUGAGCUUGAAGUGUUAUUAUUGACCUUGAACACAGUUUAAAGUGUGUACAGUUCAGUGUGUAGGAUUUAGUGGCAUCUUGUGGUGAGGUUGCAGAUUGCAACCAACUGAAACUUCUCUCAUGUGAGCCCUCAGCAUUUUUAAAUGGGAUUAUUGUUGGUGUUGCUGUUGCAAAGAUAGCUGGAUUGCUUUCCUUUUUCCUCACAGCCUAGCAACUACUGCAUUUUCCAGUUAAGUCUGUUGUUUCACCGUCAAGCAUUUCCACUACUGGGAUAGUAUCUGCAAAGAACUUAUGUUGAUACUAUUUCAUAACUACUACUGAUAGCUGCUGGGGAAACAAAAGUGCUAUCCUCUUCCUGUUUCGGUUGCGUAAUUGUUGACGCACUUCCUUUGUGCUCGCAAUCAAGACUUAAUUUUCCUGGGAGAUCUUACCCAGUGACAUACAGAACUGCGUGGUGAAAUUGUGGCUUGUAGGGAACCAGUCUAAAUGCUGAUGGUGUCAUUAUUCUACAACCAUUAAAUCAUAAUGCGUCUA